GAUCACACAGGAUCCGGAGCUGGUACUGAUAACAGCGCAAUUCCCCUUCUACCUCUCUCCUUGGUCCUGGAAUAACUCUACCUAUCACCCAGUAGCCAUAAAAUAUAAUAAACUCUCAGCACUUGAUCAGUAGCUUUGUGAAAGUCUUAAGUAAAAAGGACAUACAAUUUUUUUGUAUGAAGAAAUCAAAAUAUAUAAUUCUCUAGGGAUUUAAAAAAAAAAAAAACGAAAAUGCCAGCUGACAUAAUGGAGAAAAAUUCCUCGUCCCCGGUGGCUGCCACCCCAGCCAGUGUCAACACGACACCGGAUAAACCAAAGACAGCAUCUGAGCACAGAAAGUCAUCAAAGCCUAUUAUGGAGAAAAGACGAAGAGCACGAAUAAAUGAAAGUCUGAGCCAGCUGAAAACACUAAUUUUGGAUGCUCUUAAAAAAGAUAGUUCGCGGCAUUCCAAGCUGGAGAAGGCAGACAUCCUGGAAAUGACAGUGAAGCACCUCCGGAACCUGCAGCGGGCGCAGAUGACGGCUGCGCUGAGCACCGACCCGAGCGUGCUGGGGAAGUACCGCGCCGGUUUCAGCGAGUGCAUGAACGAGGUGACCCGCUUCCUGUCCACGUGCGAGGGCGUUAACACCGAGGUGCGCACCCGGCUACUGGGCCACCUGGCCAACUGCAUGACCCAGAUCAACGCCAUGACCUACCCGGGACAGCCGCACCCCGCCUUGCAGGCGCCGCCGCCGCCCCCGCCAGGCCCCGGGGGCCCCCAGCACGCGCCGUUCGCGCCGCCGCCUCUGGUGCCCAUCCCCGGGGGUGCGGCGCCCCCUCCCGGUGGUGCGCCCUGUAAAUUGGGAAGCCCGGCCAGCGAGGCAGCCAAAGUAUUCGGCGGCUUCCAGGUUGUGCCGGCUCCUGAUGGCCAGUUUGCCUUUCUCAUCCCCAACGGGGCCUUUGCUCACAGCGGGCCGGUCAUCCCCAUUUACACCAGCAACAGCGGGACCUCAGUGGGCCCCAAUGCAGUGUCGCCUUCCAGUGGCCCCUCGCUCACUGCGGACUCCAUGUGGAGGCCGUGGCGAAACUGAGGGGCUCAGGCUACUCCUCCCUGUAAACUCCCCAACCCACUUUUCUUCCCUCCGGACACUAAACAGGGACUUGGAUGUUGGGAGAGAAGAGGACUUUUGUGAUUAAGUGGUUACUUUGGUUUUUUAAUUUCUAAAAAGUUACUUUUUUUGUAGAGAGCUGUAUUAAGUGACUGACCAUGCACUAUAUUUGUAUAUAUUUUAUAUGUUCAUAUUGGAUUGCGCCUUUGUAUUAUAAAAGUUAAGAUGACAUUUCGUUUUUUACACGAGAUUUCUUUUUUAUGUGAUGCCAAAGAUGUUUGAAAUGCUCUUAAAAUGUCUUCCUUUUUGGAAGUUUAUUUGAGAAAAUAUAAUAAAAGAAAAAAGUCCAGGUUUUU